AUGAAUGACGCUCAUACUUUCGCCAGCGAACAUGCUUUUAAGAACAGUUCAAAAGGAAAGAGACAUUAUGAUAAAGGUGCGAGAUAUUCUACGUUAAAGCCUAGUGAUCGUGUACUAGUAAGGAAUUUAAGUGAACGGGGUGGUCCAGGGAAGUUGAAAUCGCACUGGAAGAAAGACAUUCACAUUGUCGUAAAUUGCAUGCAGGACAGUCCAGUGUAUAAAGUGAAACCAAAAGCGAAAGACGAAGGCAACGAUUACUUUAUCGGGAUC